AUGGACACAACCCAGCCCAGCAAGUCCAAUACUUCAAGUCAGAAUUCGGCUACUCAGGCUACAGACGCAGAUGAGGAGUCCACCGACAUAACCCAGCUUCCUAGGGAAGAAGCACUACUCACGACUGCACCAUAUGUGCCUGCACCUAUUACGAGAAACUAUCCGGCGCUUGUUGAGGUAUCACUAGUUACCUCUACAAAGAUGGAAAAGUUGACGAAUCAGCACAAAUACGACAAGUGGAACUUCAACGGCUCAGUUCCUGGGCCUUUUAUUCGCGCCAGAGUGGGGGAUGUCGUGGAGUUAUCACUGACGAACCAUGAUGAGUCCGGAAACCCGCAUAAUAUUGACUGCCAUGCCUUCCUAGGGCCUGGAGGAGGCUCUGCUUUGACUACGGCUGGAGAAGGACAGACAAAGACUGGGAGGUUCCGGCUCCUAUGUCCAGGUCUCUACGUUUAUCACUGCGCCGCAGCUCCUGUACCGGUACAUAUUGCGAACGGCAUGUACGGCCUUAUGUAUGUGCAGCCUACCGAAAACCUUCCGCCGGUAGAUCAUGAAUACUACGUGAUGCAGAGCGAAUUCUAUCAUGAGCCACCUGAAAUAGAGGAUAACGGAAGUCCAUCCCCACAUGUGGAGUUUUCAUACCCGAACGCGUUACGCGAAGAACCAAGUGUGGUUGUAUUCAACGGACAUGAAGAUGCGUUGACGACGGAUAAGCCACUCAAAGCUCGGGUGGGAGAGUCCGUCCGCAUCUUUUUCGGGAACGCCGGACCGAACCUUACCAGCUCUUUCCAUGUCAUUGGAAGUAACUUCAAGAAAAUCUACCGGGACAGCGACGUUCUGAGCCCACCAGGUCAAUUCGUGCAAACUGCCAGCGUUCCCCCGGGGGAUACGACGAUUGUCGACUUGGAAAUGCUAGUUCCAGGGACAUAUACAUUGGUGGAUCAUGCAAUAUUUCGUCUGGAGAAAGGUGCUGUUGGGUAUUUAAAUGUUUCAGGGCCUCCCCAGCCAGAUAUCUAUCAGAGUACGGAACCACCGGCUCCUUGUGUUGGCUGCAAACUGCAUCCGUGA